AUGUCCCUUGUCAUCUGGAUCGCUGUUUUUAAGAUUCUCAUCCACUUUCUAUACAUCUAUGUCGAUAACUCUUUCUCUUUCAAAGAUAAGUGCAGUCUUGAGCUUUACACUUCAUACAAGAAACUUCUUCCUUCAAAUAUAGUCAAACUUCUUUGUCUUUGGGAUGCCAUAGGAUUGCUGCAUGAAGAGAAAAAGCAAAUCUUUGGUUUAGAGCUUCCCAUCAUUGGAUGUGUUGAUCUGGUGUAUUGGUUUCCUAGCCUCAACACCAGGUUUCAGUUGCCCUUAUCUGGGUCAGCACCAUCUGGAACAAUUUUCUAUUUUGAAGCCUUAUCCAUUACUGCUGCUUUGCUUGAAUCUGUUGUACAUUUAAGCAUUGGUCAACAAAUUGCCAUUUUCACAGACAAACUUAAUUCUGUAUCUAUGUUCAAAUCUCUUGCAGCACUUCUGCCUUACAACUGGCUUCUCAUGGCUUCAGUAGAUGCAAUCAUAGCAGCACAACUCAACUUUUGGGUGUUCUUUAUUCCUGGAGUCAACAAUGUUGUAGCAGACCACUUAUCACAUUGGAAAAAUGCAGAGGCUCAAUUGGCAUUGCUGGAAUUGGCCAUUCAUCCAUUUAUACCCCCUUGGAAUGCACUGGGGGUGGGCAAGAAAUGA